GGCUGACUGUCCAUGCUCAAUGCUUUGAUCCGUAGCUUUUUUUGCGCGUAUAAAUACUAGUUGCCUCUGCCGAGCGCCGUCAGCAACUACUCCUGUACAUAGCCUGACCGCUGCUGCCUUCCUUUUGCAUCAGCACGCGCACCUAUCCCUAGAGAUAUCCACUAUUGGCCAGCACGUUCCAAAGCGCUCGUAGAGCUCAAAGAACAACGCACAGCUCGCAACCAUGUCCGACCCGCGCCUCCAGCGCCUCACGAGCGCGGAGAACACGGCCAUCGGCCUCGCCACGGGCGCCAUCGACGUGUCGACGACGCAGUGGGUCUUAUAUUGCAAGAACGCGAGCCAGCAGGGCCUGCCGCUCACGAUGAACCCUAGAAUACUCUACCGGGGCUACACCAUGUCGCUGACGAACAUGUGCGUGCUGAGUGGAUUGCAGUUCCCUUUGACGGCCAUCGCGACGGGCAUUUUUACCGGAGGGAAACAAAGAAAGCUGAGCGACUCCGAGGAAAUUGGAAGUGCGUUCAUCGGCGGCGUGUUGUCGGGCUUCAUCUGCGCGCCCAUGGAGCUCGUGAUGAUCCAGCAGCAGCGCUACGGGACGUCGUUGUUCUCGACGCCGGGCAAGAUUAUCGGCGACGCCGGCAUCGGCGCCCUCUUCGGGCGCGGUUUGAUGAUGAGCUGUGGGCGCGAGGGCGUCUUCACGGCCGGCAUGCUCGGUCUGGGACCGACGCUUCGGCGGCAGGCCGAGGAGGCGGGCUACAGUAAACCGCAGGCCGCCAUGGCCGGCGCUUUGGGCGGCGGCGUCAUCGUCGCGUCCCUCUCGCACCCGAUGGAUACGAUCAAGACGUGUCAACAGGGCGACGUGACCCAAAAGACGUACCGCGGCGUCGUGCACGCCGGUGUGGAAAUCAAAUUUCGGGCGCCCCACGCCAUCGAUGCGACGUGCUUCCGUAGCUGUAACCCGACUCACUGGUUGAUUUGCACACAGGUGCACGCGGCGCAGACGCUCCUAAAGGAGUCCGGCCCGAAAGCAUUCUUCCGCGGCUGGGCAUGGAGAACUGGCAGAAUGGUCUUCCAGUGCUUCCUCUUCGACGCCUGCAAGAACCAUCUCUCGCCCGUAUUCUUCCCGCACCACUUCCGCGAUUAGAGUGCGAAACUGGUGGUGGCUAGUACUAUCUAACAACAUCGUGUGCAU